UCCAUUCUUGCGUGCUCUAUAAUAUUUUAUCAUUUAGAACCAACAGACACAAAACCACAAAAUGGUCUUUAAACAGUUCCUCUGUGUGGUGGUCCUAUGGAUGAUGUCAGGAUUAGGAUAUGCAGAAGAUCCUGAAAACAUGAUCUCUCCAUUAAGUUAUCAUCUCUGCGAAUAUACAGUGACCAAAAAUGUUACCAAAAUGAUACCUUUCCAAAAACAGCAUAAAACGAAGAUGCUGUGUGGGGGCUGGAUUCCGUGGAGGAUGUGUCCCAGAACGUAUUAUAAAACCGAAUACUAUUCUGUAGAUGUUCCUGAAACUACUCAGGUUCAGAAAUGCUGUGAAGGAUAUGAAAACGUUGGACAUUAUUGUGCCGCCUCCUCAGGGAGAUUCAGUGAAUUUGCUAGGCGCCCUGGAACAUGUCACUCUAAUCCAAGAGACCAGAUGGGCCCCAAAUGUACAAGUGACUUGGAUUGUCCCGGAUUACAGAAAUGCUGCUUCUCCAAUAAUUCCUUCUGUGUAUCACCGGUUCCUCAGGAUCUCGAUAGGAACACUAUUAAAUACUGGUACAAUGGAAUAUUCACAGUAAAAGCAGAGUUUGACGCACUUCGUCAGAUCGAUCCAGGUUUCUACAAUCACAGCAGACUGUUACACUCCAUGAUCACCGGAGAACUCUGUUCACUCGAGGUGUCAUUCAAUUUUCUCUCCACGGAGCCAGCAAGCAUGUUCACAGUGCAGUCACAUCUUCUUAUCGGAAUAAACCAAUCACACUCCUUGGAUGAUAUUAGAAUGAAGAUGAACAAUAUUGUGAUACAAAUACCUGAAGUGAUCAGUAUAACGAUAAAAGAUAUGGAUGAAUGUUUACACCCUGAACUAAACUCCUGUUUACCAAAUCAGAUUUGUACUAAUAUAAACGGUACCUAUACCUGCACUGAUAUACACCCUACUUAUCCACCAAACGUAACCAAAGAGUGCUCCAUGUUCACUAAUCAAAUAAUCAGUAACGUCACUGCUGGUGGAUUCCAAAUACACUGGGGUACAGACUGUCCUGAAAACUCUACAUACAGGGUACACGUGUCAGCAAUGAAUGGGUUUAACUACACCAACGUCACCCGUGUAACCUACAUGAACAUCAGUGGUUUGGAGGCAGGCGAGCUGUACAUUGUUAAUGUCAGCUUUCUGUGCAGUAACGGACAGCACCAAAUAUGGACAGCAAGUGUAAAAACCGAUGCACAGAUUUUGAAUGGAACACUUAGAAUUACUAAUCAGAAUCUUACGGAGGUUUUACUCAAUAAAAGCUCUGAAGAAUAUUUAAACUUUGUAAAGACUUUUGUUGAAGAGGUCAAAAAAUCUAUGUCUAAAGAUAUUCCUGCAGAGAUGUUGAAUGUGAAAGUCGAAUCUCUGACUGCUGGAAGCAUUGUAGUUAACUUUUACAUAAUUGUCAAUGACACAACAUGGCUAAAUAAUGUCACAUCCUCAUCCUUCGUACCUAUGAUCAAUAGUACAGUGUUUGCCAUAGAUCCAGAAUCUAUUGUAAUUACAGAUUUCAAUGAGUGUUUGUCACCCCUGAACAAUGACUGUGACAAGAAUGCUGAAUGCAAAAACUUGAAUGUAUCCUACACCUGUCAAUGUGUCAAGCCAUACGUUGAUACAAACGGGGCCAGACCUGGAAGAAGCUGUGAAACCACAAAUGAUUCACUAUUAUUGUCUACUAAAAACCCAUACCAACACUCAGAUGUUCCAACAUUCUCAACAUAUUCAGUGACGAAAGUUGAUGUCCCAGAAGAAUCAAGUACAGUAUUACCUAUACCACGCCUUGUAACACAAGAAAAGGAAAUGAAGACAAGUGUUCCACCAAUCCACUCAAUCAGCAUUAGUGAAUUAAAUACAAUGUCAGAUUCUCUAACAGGAAACCAUACCCUCACAACAUCAAAUACAAGUUUAUUAAUUACAGACCCCAUAAUACACAGAGAAGACAUGAAAACGUCUUCCUCAGACAACUCUUCCAACACAGGUGAACUCAAUGCAACUACAGAGUUCCCAAUGCAUUUCACAAAAGAAUUUCAUCGACAUGAAUCAUCAAGUACUGAUACAAUCCCUACAAUAAAUAAAAACAACAACACAAGUUCUUCUGGACCUACUGUGAGGAAUACAAGUGUAAUUCAUAUUCACAGUGACGCUACUACUGCACAUGCAACCAGUCAACCUCUGAUAGUAACUACAAAAGAUGGUAACAUUGUCCCCACCACUGCAAAACCAGUGACUACCAAAAUUAUAAUUGCAGAGAGUCCUCCUAAAGUACAAGCAGAUCCAUCACUAAAGGACUCAAGCAAUAUUACAUGUGAAGCGGGAGUUAUUGGAAUAACUAUCCUGAAGUCUUAUUUGCAAAUGAUGUCUUUUCCUGAAUCAUCACUGUAUCUUGGCAAUCCUGUGUGCAAUGUUAUCAACAGUACUAAUACUAUAGUGUUACUACAAACACGCUGGGAUGACUGUGGUACUGACAUGCGUAUUAUAAAUAAUCAAACUGUGGUGAAUACAACAUUAUAUACUCGUGUCUCUUCAGUGUUCCCAAAUUUGAUACGAUCUGCUAAGCCAAUAGGAUCAGUACGUUGUGCGUUUAAAAAUGAAAUUUUGGUGUCUACUGGAUACAAUCCUCCAGAAGGGUUUCAAACAGUCAUUGAAAGUCUGGAAGGCGAUGGGACAUUUAUUUCAGAAUUCCAAUUGUUUAACGGAGAUCAGCCUCUAACUCAGAACCUCACUCUGUCUCCCAGCGAUGAUGUCAAAAUUCAAAUUAGAGUUAAAACAGAAGACCCCAAAUUUAAGGCGGUCAUAAGUGAUUGUUGGGCUACUCCAUCCCCGAGUUCAGAAGACUCUGUUUCUUUUCCAUUUAUUAGAGACAGGUGUGCUUUGGAGAAUACAUUCACUGUUGUUCAUACUAAUGGAGAAUCGAACAACGCUUCAUUCCAAACAAAGCUGUUUUCCUUUGUCCGUAAUCCUAUUGUGUAUAUUCACUGCAGACUGCACGUGUGCAAGGAAAGCGUUCCAGGAUCCUGCAAACCGAGUUGUAGUUAUUUUCGUACCGCAAGGAGCGAUGGCAAUGUCUUUACAAGCGUUACAAGGAUGGGACCCUUACGUCGAGGCAACCAGCCACAUGUCCCAGAGCCAGCUACGGAGCCCCAUCUUGGUCCAGGAUACAUCGCUCUUAUUAUUGUAGCCAUCUUUGCUUUUGUUGCUGGUGUGGUAGCCAUUUUGGUUUGUUGGCACGAGAGGCGUACUGGAAAUUAUAACUUCAAAUUAAAAUCUAAAGAUGUUGGAUAUCAAGUGUUCUUCAACUAGACCCAACAAAACUAUUUUAGAUUGGGGAUUAUUCAGAUCUUGGUAGUGGACAUUCUAAUAUCUCUGUUCUGUGAAGCGAUUGUGGUCAAGCUCUGGUACUCUAGCUGCUUUGGACUUCAGUUCUUAUGAGAGUCAGUUGACCAGAUGUCCACCUGAAGUCCCCAUUACCUGGAAUACCAAAGGUUAGCCAAAAUUGCUCUACCAGAUUUUUUGACUAAACAAUGAGUAAUCCCAGAAGCAUCACCGUGUUCAACAGGAAAAUCUGAUGUCUACACUGACACAGGACAGAUACACUUACAGUUCUUAGAAAAUAGGAUCACACAUUGAGGAGAACACGGUCCCUUUAAGAUAGACUUACUCCUUUGAUUAUGAUGGUUUAAGAUAUUGCCAUUCUUAAGCAAGCAUAAUGUAAUAUAUUUUCUUUCCUCAGUAAGCUGUUAAAGGUUUCACUUCUAUAUAAUUCUAUUGUUUUCUAUUUUAAUUUCAUUUAAGCAACUUCACUGUAAAAAUAUAAAGUAUAGUAUAGAAUAGCUAUUUGUAUAAGUUCAUCCAGAAGUGUGGGUUGUCACCUAGCAUUCUUCUUUAUUAGUUUAUGGAGGUUAAAACAAUAGUUAUUAAUGUACAUAGGGCUGUUAUGUAACAUUAUGGCUGUUAUAUAACAAAACCAUUAGAAAAACAAACAAACAAACAGACAAACAA